UUAAUCAUGCCUCAGAAUAAAGGUUCUCCCGCUGUGUUCAUUCCUGAUAUAAAUAACAAUAAUGACGGCGCUGGUAAUUCAUCGUCGUCUGCCGCUCAGGUACAGAAAAGGAAAAGAGUCACUAGAGCUUGUGAUGAAUGUCGGAAAAAGAAGGUCAAAUGUGAUGGUCAACAGCCCUGUAUUCAUUGUACUGUGUAUUCAUAUGAUUGUACUUAUGAUCAACCUUCAAAUAGAAGGAAAAACGGUGCUGAUAUACAUUUAGUUGAAACAAAAUUAAAAGGUGCUGAGCAAGUUUUACACCUGUUAUUACCAGAUAUUGAUGUAUUUGAUGCUGGUUUCAAUUAUGAAGUUUUUGAGGAAAUUUUUUCAAAAUUUAGACAAAGUGAUGGUUCCAUCAAACUAGACAGCUUAGCAAAAGAGUACAAAUCAAGAGAUAUCCCACCUCCUGCUCCUUCUGCAUUAUCUAAUUCAGCCUCUAUCAACCAAUCAGCUGAAACUCCACCUUCAAAUAUCUCAACUCCAACAGCUACAACUUCAUAUUCCAUCAAUAACAAUAAUAAUAAUAACAUCAACAAUAAGUCCAAAAAGAGAAAACUAACGUUCCCUCAUGCAAAUAUAGAUGGUUCAAUAGAAUCAAGAGAUGGUCGUGAAAUUAAAAUUAUCUUACCUCCAAAAAACAUUGCAUUAGAAUUAGUUACAAAGACUUGGGCUUCACCUUGUGUCCUAUUCAGAUUUUAUCAUAGACCUGCAUUUAUUGCUGAUCUUGAUGAAUUGUAUGAAACAGAUCCUGAAAAUUAUACAAAUAAACAAAAUAGAUUCUUACCACUGGCUUAUUCAGUUAUGGCUGUUGGUGCUUUGUUUAGUAAAAAAAGUGGAGGUAAUGGUAUUGAAGAUAAUUUUUUAGAAGAUGAAGGUUAUAGAUAUUUCAUUGCUGCAAGAAAAUUAAUUGAUAUAACAGAUGCUAGAGAUCUAUAUGCUAUUCAAACAAUUGUUAUGUUGAUUCUAUUCCUUCAAUGUUCUGCAAGAUUAUCAACAUGUUAUUCUUAUAUUGGUGUUGCAUUAAGAUCUGCCUUAAAAGAAGGUUUACAUAGAAAAUUGGCACAUCCUUUCAAUCCAAUUGAAUUAGAGAUUAGAAAAAGAAUCUUCUGGACUAUUUAUAAGAUGGAUAUUUAUGUCAAUACAAUGUUGGGAUUACCAAGGUCAAUUGCAACUGAAGAUAUUGAUCAAGAUUUACCAAUGGAAUUAGAUGAUGAAAAUAUUACACAAGAUGGUUAUUUACCUCAAGAACCAGGGAAAUUAAGUUCUUCUGCAAUUGCAAAUAGUCAUACCAAACUAAUAUUAGUGUUGAAUAAGAUUGUCAAGAAUCUUUAUCCAAUUAAUUCAAACCUUAGAUUGAUUUCUCAUGAAAAAGUUUCAGAAAUGGAACUAGAGUUAAGAGGUUGGUUAUCUAGUUUACCAAAAGAAUUGAUCCCGGGUUUUGACCCACCAUUUCAAUAUUAUAAGGCCAACAGAUUAUUACAUCUAUCGUUUUUACAUGUUCAAAUUGUUUUAUAUCGUCCAUUUAUUCAUUACAUUUCUCCAAAAUAUACUAGUUUACCAAAUGUUGAUACAUUAUCUAUACAAAGGGCCAAAAAUUGUAUAAGUGUGGCAAGAACAGUUGUUAAUUUAGCCCAAGAUAUGAUUAAAAAAAAUAUGUUGUCAGGUUCUUAUUGGUUUUCAAUUUAUACAAUUUUUUUUUCAGUUGCAUGUUUAGUUUAUUAUGUUCAUGAAGUUCCAUUUGAUGAAUUCCAUCCAGAUUAUAUCGGUAUUAGAAGUGAUGCAGAAGCUGGUAAAGAAAUCCUAACAAUAUUAAAAGAUAGUUCAAUGGCUGCCUCAAGAACUUAUAAUAUUUUGAAUUCAUUGUUUGAACAAUUAAAUAGAAAAACUGCAUUCAUUCAUGCUCAAAGACAACAACAACGUCAAAGAGAAGAACAGCAAAAAGCACAGCAAAGACAACAACAGCAACAACAACAAAAUAACAUUCAAAUGAAUAAUUAUUCAGUUCCUGUUGCACAAAACUUAACUGCUUCAAACAGUAUUGGUCAAAAUAAUCAAGUAUACAAUUAUUCAAAUCAAAAUGUUCCAGCUGUUACACCUUAUGAUAUCAAAUUAGAAGAAAGUCUGAAUGAUUUUGAUUAUUUGGCAAAUUUUGAUAAUUUCAUCAAUCCAAAUUCUCAGACAAACCAACAAACUACAUCAUCAUCAUCUCAAGUUGAUUCGAAACCAAUAGUAACCACUACAAGUAAUACAAAUAAUGGUGAUAGUUAUAUGCCAGGUAUGAUUGAUCAAUUAGAUAUGCAAAUUUUUGGAAGAUUUUUACCUCCAUAUAUGUUGAAAAGACCAGAUGGUACAAAUGGACCUGGUGCAAAAGGUGGUGAUUUACCUUCAGGUUUAAAUACAACUAAUAAUCCAACAAAAUUGGAAGAUUUACCAAAUUUAAAUGAAACUUCAACUCGUGAUGGAGAUGGUGUUAGUGUUGGUGAUUUCAGUUUUUUAAAUGACUUGGGUCAAAAUGAAUUCAAGUUUGUAUGA